CCUUUGCAAGGAGCGAUCCUAUUGGUAGGUUCGUAGCCCGUGUGUUGAAUGGUUCAGAUCGCUAAAUGUAACGGGGUUAGUGGAGCGAGCGCUAAAGCAAACUAAAAGUUAACUUAAUCCGACGACUUCUGAGGAAUUACCCGGCGGCGGCGGCGACGACGGCGACGACGGCGACGACGGCGGCGAUGGCGACGACGGCGAUGACGCCGCCGCGGUGGGUUCCGGCGCUGCUCACGCUGCUCCUGGCGACGGCGAACCUCGCGACGGCAAAACCCACGGCGGACGAGAAGCCGCGGCACGCCGGGACCCGCGGCGGCGGCGGCGGCGUCGACGGUGCCCGCGACGACGCCCGGCCCUUCGGCUCCGACCACGACGCCAUCCUGGGGUCGUACGCGGCGCGCGAGUUCCGCAGCCUGAGCCCGGAAGAGAGCAAGGAGCGGCUCGGCAAAAUCGUGGACCGCAUGGACGUGGACGGCGACGGGCUGGUGGGCCAGGAGGAGCUGGCUGCGUGGAUUCGCCAGACGCAGCGGCGCUGGCUGCGCGAGGACGUGGAGCAGCGCUGGAGGGACCCCAACGGCGACGGGCGACUCUCCUGGGACGAGUACCGGAACGCCACCUACGGCGGACUCUCUUUCGAGACGGCCGACGCCUACUCCAGGCUCCUGGCGAGGGACAAGCGGCGCUUCGACGCGGCCGCCGGCGGGGUGAGCGGCGGCGCCGCCGCGGGGGGCGUUGAGCUCAGCCGCGGGGAGUUCGCCGCCUUCCUCCACCCCUCCUCCUUCGGGCACAUGAGCGACAUCGUCGUCACCGAGACGAUCGAGGACGUGGAUAAGGAUGGAGACGGAGUCAUUGAUCUGGAGGAAUACAUCGCCGACAUGUACCACCCGGCGGGGCCCGCGGAGACCACGGAGCCCGAGUGGGUGGAGACGGAGCGGCAGCAGUUCCGGCGGUUCCGCGACUCUGACGGCGACGGGCGGAUGGGACGCGAGGAGGUGCGGGCCUGGCUGCUGCCCGUCGGUUACGAGCACGCCCUCGCAGAGGCACGCCACCUCGUCGGGGAGGCCGACGACGGGGACGAGGACGGCAAGCUGUCCAAGGAAGAGAUCCUGGCGAAGUGGAGCGUGUUCGUGGGCAGUCAAGCCACCAACUACGGCGACGAUCUCAACCGCCGGCACGAGGAGCUCUGAGCUUCGGCCGUACGGCCCGGCGCUUACAACCGAGGAAAGCGUUCCGAUUGGCUGUGUCGAAUCGGAAUGCGCCGCGCUGCGCUCCGAUUGGCCGUUGGCGUCGCGUCGAAACCAAACGCGCCUCGUCGCGUUCCGAUUGGCCGACGUGUGCCCGGUUAGCUUGCUCGCGAUUCACCGGCUCGGGCCUGCCGAGUGAUCGAUUUCCCUCUUUUUUUUUAAACGAGCAUCGGGACGGCAUUCACCUCCCUGCUGAGCCAGCGGUUGGAAGUUCCACACUCCCAUGGCGGGAGGGGAGGUUUGGGCCAUCCCCGGGCCCAUCGGACAACCACUUUUGACUUCCGUACAAAGCGGUACUCAAUUUUAUUGACACGACCCCGGAAGGGAGGCACGAUGUUGAUGAUUGUGGGCCUCAAUCCACCGCGGGCAGGAUUUGAACUCGUGGACCUUGAGACUCGAGAGAAACCGCAAGCGUUGCCAUGCAAUGGUUACGGGGUGUAAAUGUUCAUGUUAUAAAAAAAAAAACAAAAAAAUGAGAAUCGUUUUUUUUGUCGACUCGAAGGAAUCCGAUGAGCCGCGAAGCUCUUUUUCCCGUCACCUGCAUGGGCCGUUCCGUUGUCUUCGUGCGUGCGUGUUGGGGAACGUCUUUCGCGCCGUACGUAGCAAAAGCGUGAUGACCGGAUUUGCGGCGGUACAACAGCAAACGCGAGUGUAUGCAACAAUACGGGAGGCUGUGCAAAGAUGCUCAAGCGCCAAAUCGUCGCCCGCCUGUUACCACGAGCCACCAUCGGGUCUGCGUCAACCGCGCAUCCGUGUGUCGUGGCGAAACUCGCGAGCCGAACGCCCUUUGUGUAACUGCGCGUACACGCAGUGGCCCUCUCGAGGCUCGGUUGGCCCUGCAGCCUCCUCCAAGGCCGGGCCCCUCAGCGGCUGUUCCCCCCCUGCCUGCUGUUGUGCUCCGCUCGGAACAGCGGCAGGCGGCGGCGAGACGGCGCCCGUGGAAGCGGCGGGGGGAGGCUUCGGCCUUCGGUUGGUGCGGGAGGGAGGGCCCAAUCGGUUUCCAGGACAACGCUUGCACAUCGUCGUUAAUGUCAAAGCGGUGUUUGCCUUUGCACGUGUUUUUUUGUUGUUGUUGCCGGUGAUGCGUUGCGACGAGGCGCGCCCUCUGCAGGUCGAAGCUCGGAUUGCCCGCGUGCGGGUUCAUCCGAUUUGCGGAUGAACUGCUUGAGAUUUUGGCAUGAAUUAACAAGCCGUGGGCUUUUCCCUUAAGCGCAGAGCGAAUCAUCUUUAAAAAAACAGCGUUGCGUUGUUAUUCUUGGAAAAUGUUUAUUGCAAGUCGCGUGCUUAAACCGAACAAAUGCUCCGGUUAAUCCGAAGUCAAACGUGAUCGCCUCUACACUACAGUAGUUGCAACAUCUUUACACACAGUGGGCGCGGAGUUUGAUGUCUGAUUGGCUGUGGAUCUUGCUGCUGUCAUAAUCCACUCAGUGCGGCCGGAGUCUUCUGCUAGGCGGGAGCCAGGAAAGUCGUAUUAUUAUUAUCACUGAGCACGCUGAUCAUCAUCAUCAAUCGAUCAAUCAAUCGGUCGACGAUCGUCUCGUAUUCGUUCUGAAUCGAAAGAGCAACAAUCAAGAUCGUCGGCUGUGCUUCACUUUGAGCGAUCCCUCCGAUCGUUUUAUUUCGUGCGAGUUUUAAUUUGACGAAACUGUGCGAUGACGGAGAAUAGGGUCGUCGUUGGCGUAACCUUGAAGCAGAAACUGCAUGCUCUGCGCACCUCUUCAAGUGAGCGAGUGCGUCGGCGUGGACUUUUGUAAUGAAACAGGAUCAACGCAUUGUUCACGACACAUCUUUGUCCUGUUGGGGUUAACAAGCUCGAUUUCCUUCGCUUAAACAUUAUUUUGAUGCCCAACGUUCGUGGUUUUUGGCACGGAGACCCGUGGAAAAAUUCUUCUAUUUCUGGAUUAUCUGCAAUUUUUAAAUUACCCGCGGCCCUCCUUCCACCGUUGUUAGCGCGGAAAAUCCAGAGUUCUCCUGCCGUUUGGUGUUUAAACAUCUUAACAGCGCUCCUGCAUUGUUGCCUAGAAGGUUAAAGCCUCAUCAUCAUCAUCUCGAUAGCGGCAACGUGGGUCCCCGUAGAUUACAUCAUUAGACCUCCUUUGCCAGUGCCAAAAUGUAAUAAUAGGGUGUUUGUGUGGUUAAUGCAGACGUGAAUCCUCGUAAAAAGGUUGCAGUUUUGUUGCCAGAAAAAAGGGGGAAAGCCCCUCUUAUCCCCCGUCGAUUGUUGAUUUCUGAAACGACGUUUCGUUUUUUGCAACAACUUUAUUUUUUAUUUUUAUAUUCUUCCCCCGACUGUUGGGGGGAGCCGCGGUUUCGAUGGCGGUCUGCGGGUUGUCUUGUUGCUGACCCGCCGAAAGUCGCUUUAACAUUGUAAACGUUUAAUUUUUGUUUUGGGCCUAGGGGAAAUGCUCACGCGCUCGCUCGCACGAGACGCUCAAGAAGAUCCCCCCCCCCCCCCUCCCUUGUAGCCUGUAACGGAGGGUCGGGGCCAGUGCCGAUUGUCCGUAGCGAGUAGCAGCAGCAGCAGUAGCAGCAGCGCCUAUGAAGGCUACCGGCACUGCGGCACACGAGGGGGUGGGCGGGCCAGCAAACGCGCCCGGCCGCCUUUGUCUCCCCCCCCCGUGGCGAUGUUGACGCACCGCACCAGGCACUCAUUUGCGGCCGAGUCGAUCUAGGAGAGGCCCAGCACCUGGCUCGGGAUAUAACCGUCACCGGCGUCGGACGUGAACGGGAGUCGAACUCUGGCGGCCGGGCUCGUAGUACAGCGAGCUAACCUCCUAAACUUCCGCUUCAGCAGCAGCCGCCGUCCGCCGCAAAGUGGCGGUGCCGUCACCACGACGCCCGUGCCAGGCUAGGUGCACGUCGAGGCCACGCGAAGUGUCGAGCGCCCGCCGGCAGGAGGUCACGGGGCAGACCCAGCAGGUGCCACGGGUCGGCUGACUGAGACGACUGAGAUGAUGCACCACCUGUGCCCCCCUACUGUGACAACUUGCUGCGCUUUAGCCACCAACUACCGCUUCCCACACACACACACACACGUAGACUCGAGUUAUAUUUACAUGCAAGAAUAUUGCCACGUGUUUGUGUUUUUUUUUAAUGUCUAAAUGUCUCCCAAUGUUGUGUGUUCGGGUUGUUACCUGCUGUGCGGUUGUUCAGCACGAUGACCUCCGGGAAAUGAAUUUCCCCACUGAACAACAACAACAACAACCACCGCCGGUCACCGCUUAAGUAGGUGGCGGUGACGUCGGCGCGGCGCUUGUGCCAGGCUAGGUGCACUUUGAGGCGUCAAACAAUGCACAGCGGCGAAAUUCGAGAAUUGUUGCAGAGUUCUGCAGCACGACUGAAAUAAACCCAUCCAGUGUUAUGGUUUGUUGUUCAUGUUUUUUAAAGGACUUUGUGGUUGAAUUAAAAUGUUGAUGAUA